AUGACAUCUACGCCAAUCGCCCUGGUCAUCUGCAGCACCAGGCAGGCACGAGUGAAUCCAUCUAUCGCUCGUUACGUCCUCGACGUGAUUUCACAACUAAAUCACCAGGAGACUAUUGAAAUUCUUGAUAUCGCCGAUCACGGGCCCCCCCUGUAUGAUGAGCCCAGUGUUCCAUCUCACCUCCCAGAGGCUGAUCCGACGCCUCAUUACGCUCACCAACACACGCGAUCUUGGUCUGCUACAGUCCAGCGGUAUAGUGCAUUUAUUUUCGUGACGCCCCAGUACAACUGGAGUAUUCCAGCUAGCCUGAAGAACGCAUUGGACUAUCUGUUCUAUGAAUGGAAAGGUAAGCCUGCUGCCAUUGUGACAUAUGGAGGCAGAGGGGGUGGAAAGGCGGCAGAUCACUUGCGAGCCAUUUUGCAAGGAUUGAGGAUGAAACCGGUUCUUACUGCCCCUGGACUGGUGGUUAAGACCGCGGCCAUGGAGUCAGGGGGUAACAUGGAGAAUCGGGAAACGUGGCGCGGAAGUGAGGUGGAAGAGAAAAUAACUGCUAUGUUUCUUGAGUUGGUAGAAGAAAUGCGCGUAUAG